ACUGUAUUAACAGUUUUUAUAAUCUUUCUUUUUCCAGGUGAUGAUAGUUCCAUAAUGAGCUAGUAAUUGAUUUUUACUCAUCAGAAUGAACAAUAUUGACUUUAACGGACCUGAGCUCUGUUUGAUUGAUUCGGGCAUUAAGUCUCUCCAGAAAGUCCCCCUGAAGCCUCAGCUCCAGGUCCUUAAUCUACACAGCAACUUCAUCCACAGAAUAGAAAACCUUCUUCAUCUAAAGAAUCUAAAACACCUGGAUUUGUCCGCAAAUCAGAUCAGUGAAAUAGAAGGAAUUGAGAAUCUCAGAAACCUGAGAACAAUUAACUUGUCCUGUAAUCUUUUACGUGAUGUAAAGGGACUUGCUGGACUGAGGUCCCUUGUGAAGAUAAACCUGAGUUAUAACCAGAUCAGUGACAUUUCUGGAUUUAAAUCUUUACAUGGAGCUGAGUAUAAGCUGUCACAUAUAGAGCUCCACGGAAACAAGCUUGCUUCCCUCCAGCAUGUCAUCAAGUCCCUCAUUGGCUGCUCAAACUUACGACAGUUAACACUAAACGUGGACGGCUCUACAAACCCUCUAUGUUCAGAUCUUGAUCAGUACAGAUCCAGGUUAUUAUCUGCCCUUACCCAGUUAGAAGCCCUCGAUGGAGUAAAUCGACACGGGGGCGCUGUUAGCAGCUUUGAUGUCUUAUCAGAUAUUCCAGGCCUGGAGGACUACAUGGAUUUCCUUGUCUCUCAAUCUUCAUCAUCUGUGUCUGAAAGCAAAUCUAUGGAUGUCAUUACUCCUAAGAUUGAUGAAGCUUUGGAGAAAUUCAAACAGAGGAAAUCGGGGAAUAUAUCUACCACAGACAUGAGUGUGGCAAUGUCUGAUGCUGACACAAGUACUGGACUCUCUAUACAGAGUAGACAGUCAGUGGUGGAUCAGGAGGCCAGGCUAGGAUUCCUAGAACUACAACUCGCACAGCUGAUCCAGGGGUCAAAGGUGACAGAAGACAGGAAAACACCUGUGACAGUACACGUAGCCAAGAGAGAUGUAGAUACAACAGAUGAAAGUGACAACGACUCUCUCCAACAAAGGAGUAAAUCUCCCGGAAAUCGUAAAGCAAGGAAAUCCAGGAUUCCGAGUUAUCGUAAAAGUACAGUGGCUUCACGAUCUCGUAAAGAAGCAAACAGUCCAAGCCGAGAAACAAGCAGUCAAAGUCCAGCAGUUAACAGUGAAGAUACAGCAGAGAAUUCAACCAAGUGUGACAAAGGGAAAACCCAGAAAUGUCCCUCAGCUGUUAUGGUCACUGAAGCGAGGAUGAGGGAUGAUAUCAAGUCCACCUAUGUUCAACUAAUGAAAGAGUUAGAAUCAGAAAGAGAGAGGAGAUGGAAAGCUGAGCAGGCUAGCAAGAAAUUACUGAACCAUAUACAGACUUUACAGGGAAAAGCUAAGGAAGGGGAUGAACUCAAGGAUACAGCUAUCGAGGCCACGUCUCGCCUCAAACAAGCUCUGAUGAAUGAGAGAGAGGCCAAGCUGAGACUUCAGAAUGACGUCGAGAAACUUAAAGAACACAUUCAUGAGCUAAACAGGCAGCUGAAAAUUGCCAAGGAGACGGAGGAAAGUCUGAAAGGAAGUCUGAGGGCACUAGAAGAAGUUACAGCUAAAAUGGAGAGAGAUAAGCUACAGCAACAGACCCACGAGCAAAAGAAGGCCCAGGAUGCUCAGAUGAAAGCAGCGGCGUUGUCACGGGAACUCGAGCUGACCAAGGCCACAGCCGAGAAACAAAAAGGACAGAUCUCACAGCUUCAGGAACUGUUGGCAAAUCGGGAGCAACAACACAGGGAUGAGAUGAAGAAGAGAUACAGUUUGGACAGUAAGGAGUUACAGGAAGUGAUCUCAGACCAUGUGAAGAAGGCGGAAAAGAACUACAGCCUGGAGGUCAAAUCACAAAAUGAUAAGGUAGAUCUUUUGACUAAGCAGUACGCUGACUUGGAGGAUGAAUUCAGAAUGGCUCUUCAGAUUGAGGCAAAUAGAUUUAAGGAGCUUCAGCAUGCAUUCCAGACCAUCAGUGAAGAGAAUGCUGAAAACAAGCAGGCUUUGUUAGCAGCUCAGCAGAAAGAUGAAACAUCAGCAGCCAUGAUAAGUGAGCUCUCACAGCUUGUCAAGGAGCAGAAAGGUAGAAUAGCAGAGUUAUCUAAAUCCAAACAGGAGCAGGCGGUGGAAUACAGGGACAGGAUUCAGAUGCUGGAAGCUCAUGUAGAAGAAGCUAGAAAAAGAAUGUUACAGCUCGAGCUCCUUAAACAAGACAAGACUAAGCUCUUAGCUCAGGUCGAGGCCCAGGAGUCCGUUAUUUGUGGUCUGAGGGCCGAGAGGAAGUUGUGGGGCCAGGAACUAGCACAACAAGGUUCUUCCCUAGCCCAGGACAGAGGGAGACUGGAAUCUAAGAUUGAGGCCCUCAACUCAGAGGUCACAAUCCUCAAGAAAAACCUGGAGAGGGAGACUGAUGCCUUGAAGAUAAAAACCAAAAUGUUGGAGGAUCAGACGGAGACCAUCAGGAAACUGAAGGAGGCUGUUAUGGAGAGAGAUGAGGAGAUAAAGAGAACUCGUGAAGAAGCCCUGAAAACACAGAGGAAUCUAGAGGAACAACUGUCAGAGGAAAGGGCAACCAUGCAGGAAAAUCAGGAAACUUUGGAGAGAUUAAGGGAACGUAAGCAAGAGCUUAAACAAGAAACACUGGAUCUGAAAGCAGAACUGGAGGAUUCAAAAAAGGCUCACAGCAUUCUUAACAAUAAAUGGAAGGAGAAGUCUCAGCUGAUUGGUCAGUUGGAGAAACAGGUGACUGAGAUGAGGGACAACUGGGAAAGCAAGGAGAGAAAGCUCACAGAGGAGAGGGACAAGGCAAUACAGGCCGCCAAUAUUGCCAUAGAGAAACUAAAGACAGUGGAUGAUGCCUUCAGACAUCAGCUGGAGAGUAAAGAAAUGAAACACAGAGAGGAUAUGGCUCAACUAGAGGAGGAAAAACAGAUGGAACUAGAACAGGCCAAUCAAAGGAUUGCAGCAGUUGAGGAUGAAAUGAGGGAACUUCUCCAAGAAACGCAGGCCAAUAAAAAAGCAAUGGAGGACAGGGUGAAACGACUCACCAGAGCCAUGGCGGAGCUCCAAUCAGAUCUGAUUUAAACUCGACUACCAUUACAGAACUCAGGACUGAGCAUAGCUGUCAGACCUGAUUUAAACUCGACUACCAUUACAGAAUUUAGCACUGAGCACAGCUAACAGAUCUGAUUUAAACUCGACUACCAUUACAGAAUUUAGAACUGAGCACAGCUACAGAUCUGAUUUAAACUCGACUACCAUUACAGAAUUUAGCACUGAGCACAGCUAACAGAUCUGAUUUCAACUCAGUAACCAUUUCAGAACUCAGGACUGUGCUCAACCAUGGCAGAGCUCCUAACAGAUCUGAACUCGAUACCCAUGACAAACUCAUGACUGAGUACAGCCAGUCAGAUCUGAUUUAAACUCGAUACCAAUUAUUCAACUCACCAGAGGGAUGACUGAACUCCAGUCAGACCUAAUAUAAAUGUGAUAACUAUUACAGAACUCAACACCAACCAGAUCUGAUUUAAACUGGCUAGUUCUAACAUGACUUGCUGUCCAUACUGGAGUCUAGUCAAACUUAUUUCAUCCAUGAAGUUCAAGUGCCACUCAUUCACAAGUUGGACUUAUUUUUAACUUGUUAGUUUAGCCUACAACUGGUGGUAACCCAUAAUGCAGCGCUUAUAAAAUUUGUUGCCAUUUGAUGCCUUGGCCAGCUGAAGCUGCAGACAUGGUUCAUUGUAGUUUGCAUUGGGUUGCUGGUUCACCAUUGCUCACUGGAACUGUGGCUAGAUAUGAUUUAAACUUAAUGAUUAUGAAAUUAAAUACAUGUAGUUCUAGUCCUAUGUUUACCAGGGGAAUGAAAAGUGUUUAAGGUUUGUCUGGAUCAUAAGUGAAUGAUGUACAGAUUGUAGAAGUUCUCAAUGUUUUAUGUGUUUAUUUUGAUUUAUAACCUAUUCAUAAUUGUGUAUAAAUUCAAACUAUAACAUAGGUCACAGAAUGUAUGAAUUUAUGACAUUUGACCUGUUGACCUUAAAAUGGAUAAGAUUCUUCUUGACACCAUAGAGAGUUUGAUAUUAAUCUUUAUUAAUGAAAGAUCAAAUAAACUAAAGUUAUCAUUCGGAAUUUCAUUGCAAAAGCUCCGAAUCCUUUAAAGAUAUUGCACGGAAAUGAAGUGUUACUGAAUGCAUUGAUAUGACCUUUUACAUCAAAAUCAAUAGUCUUCUCAAGGCCAUAGGGAAUUGUGAUGUAAGUUGUGAUGUAAAAUUCCAUUGCAGAAGCUGACAGUCUUCUUCCAAAAACAAAAGUAUUACACACAGACAGACCCUAAUUAACAUCCCCCUGAAAGGGGGGUCAAGUAAGAGGUAUUAUGAAAUGUUGGAGGGGGGGGGGGGUAAGUAUGCAUUAAUGCUGAUUUUGAUGAACAAUAAUUCAAAGGUACAAUAAAUUUGAGAAAGAAGAAAAGGGGUGAAUUUUAAAGAAAGAUUUUGUGUGUUUUAUUAAGAGGUAGAAAUGGUCAGUCUUGUGUUUGUCUUAAGAACUUUACAUUAACAAUUUUAUUGCAUUCAAUAUUAAGUUAUGAAUAUUAUAUAAUUAUGUAUAUAUAAUGUAGUGUUAGAAGAAUGCAUAUCUUCCAACUGAUGCUUGUGUGAUGUGUACUAUUUAUUGGAGAAUCAAGUGUUUGUUUCCACAUGACACAAAGGUUUAUAAAAUUGUCAUGCGUAGAAAUUUUAAUAAAAGAGAUAUGUGAAUC